ACGAGGUCUUGAAUCUGUUCCCUUGGCCAAAUUUCUAGGCUGACUUUUCUGCUAGCUCAGACGAACAAUGGAGCAGAAUGGCGGGAUUUGCACUUCGCCUUUUCAAAUCGGAGAACAAAUGCGGCUUGAGCACAUAACACAUAUCAUCUCCUCGACCUCCGAUUUUCCAGAAUAUUUUGCCGCGAUUGAUCGCCUAAUUUCCGUGGUCAAACCAGAGUGGGUUCACGCCUGCCUAGCUAAGAAGAAACUCUCGAAUCCUAGGCAAUACAGCCCUGAUCCCCGUCUUUUUCUCUCAGGGGUUACAAUCUGCUGUGCGGAUAUUCCUACAGGUGAUAAAGAUGCUAUAAUAGGCGGCGUCCUGGCUACAGGAGGCCUAUAUUCGAAUCAAGUCACCAAACUGGUCACCCAUAUCGUAGCUUUAACGGAAAACAACGAUAAAUGUCGGAUAGCUCAAGCCAAACGCCUCAAAUGCAAGACGGUUUUGCCACACUGGUUCGAUGAUUGUCUUAAACUCGGUCGAAGAAUUGACGAGCGGCCAUACAUGCUUCCUAAUCCCGAGGUUCUCCUGAAAGGUCCGGAGGAGCCUGUGCGAAUUUUAGAAAAUACAGAUAUCUAUGGUGCUUCCUCACCUCAUGCCGGACGUCUGCCAACUCCGACGGGCUCGGUUGGUGUCCAGCGUCGCGAGUUAACAGUGUUCCAAGGAAAGAAGGUAAUGCUAUCACAGGACCUGGGUAUUGGAGGCCACCUUCGAGGGACAAUUGAAGAUCUGAUUACUCGAGGUGGCGGCUUGGUUACUGGAAGCAUCUACAAUGCCGAUAUUCUUGUCUGUCAUUACCGAGAGGGGAAAGACUAUGUGAUCGCUUCCCGGGCUGGCAAAGACGUUGGCAACCUUCCGUGGCUCUAUCACCUCAUAGCGCAUAAUAGUUGGACAUCCCCAAUGCGCAGGCUUCUUCACUAUCCGCUAGCCAAAACUGGACUGCCAGGUUUCAAAGGCUACCGUGUGAGCUUGUCGAACUAUAAUGGCGAGGCCCGUAUAUACCUCGAAAACCUCAUCAAAGCAGCAGGUGGCGAGUUCACGAAGACGCUCAAUCAGGAUAACACACAUCUCAUCUCGGCUCAUACUGUCAGCGAGAAAUGCAUAGCAGCGAGAGAGUGGAACAUUCCUGUCAUUAAUCACCUUUGGCUCGAGGAAAGUUAUGCUGCAUGGCGCGUUCAGAGCUUAACGACCUCCCGGUAUACAUGCUUCCCUCCGAGAACGAACCUUGGGGAGGUCAUUGGCCAAACUGAAAUUGAUCGGAAUGCUAUUGAGCACUUUUUUUUCCCUGGAGGCCCGGAGAGGAUCCUACUGGAUGAAUCAGGGAAGGUCUUAACUGGAAAACACCAGACGCAAAAGAAGUCUUCGAAUUCUCUGAAUGCAGAUGACAAAUCUCACUCCUUUCCAUCAGAUAAAGUGCAUACGCUGUCGUCUCAGGAUGAGGCAAUCCGCGCGGGAACGCCAAUGCGAAACGGAAGAGUGGGUGCAAGGGCCGCCACUGGUUUGACGCCGUCAACACCCCGUACCGGCGGCGAAGGAAAAGAAAACGAAACGCCUUCAACUGUCGGCAGCCGAGGAGCGAAGGAUCGUGCUGUGGCGCGACUUCACGACCUCGCGCCUGAUAUCGCUCUAUACGAAAAGGAGAAAAGGAGGCAAGGAGGCGUUAUAUUUGGAGGCAGAAGAAUGAGCGACCAGGAUUCAUCUAGGAAGAGAACUGCAAGCAGCGAGUUUGAACCAGAUAUGACAAAUGCUGAAAAGCAUGAUCCAAAGCGACCGAAGAAGGGCAGGCCAGCAGCCACAAUUCGCUUGCUCAUUACUGGGUACAAGAGAUGGGUGGAACAUCCUAGAAAGGAGGAUGAGGAUCGAAGGCGCCUCCGAGACUUAGGUAUUUUAAUUAUUCAGGAUCCAGCUACGUGCACACACCUUGCAGCCCCGCAAAUUCUGCGAACUCAAAAGUUUAUCUGUUCGAUAGCAAGCGGGCCUACGGUAAUCUCUACCGACUUCGUUGACCAUUGCCUAGAAAACGGCGAGCUGCUAUCUCCAGAAGCCUUCUUGUUGAACGAUCCAGAGAAGGAGCGCCUCUUCGAUUUCAAGCUAAAAGAUGCAAUUUCGCGCGCAAAGUCCAACAAAAGGGGUCUUUUAAGGGGCCGAACAAUAUACUGCACUGAAAAUGUACAUGGCGGAUUCGGCACUUACAAGAAUAUUAUCGAAGCGAAUGGGGGUCAUUGCCAACUAUACCGUGCUAGAGCAGGUGCAACUGCCCCUUUGCGGAAAGCAGCGCAGGGAAUUGAAUCCAAUGGCAUCGAAGGCGAGUUGGCUUAUUCCUAUCUUAUAAGCGACCCUAGUCCGGAAGAGAAGCGGCUUUGGAAUAGGUUUGAGGAUCUGGCUCGUAAACAGGGGAGCACUCCAAGGAUCGUUAGUGCAGACUGGAUCUUAAACGUAGCAAUGUCUCAAACGCUA